AUGUUGACGAAGAGCUUCUCGCGGAUGAGAAAACUUUCUCCGGGCUUUCAGGAGAAAGGAUCCUGGUCUGCCGAUGUGCAACGGUGCACAACGACCAUCUUUGAGGAGACACAGGAGGCCGUUGGCAAGUGGAAACAGCGGAGCACGGAAAAAGAGGGAAAGGUUCUGGCUCUGCUGAGCCAGACCUAUCCAUCUUCAACACCUCACCAGUCUUCAGUAGGAGAUGGGAGGGCGAAGCCGGAGCUCUACAUCAUCGGCUCUCGGGUUAUGCAACGAUGUCAUCAACUUCUGGAGCUCUACCGUGAGUUCAACACGCAACUAGCGGAUGACAGUACCAAUGUAGACGACCCCGAAUGGCUGCACGAUGCCGAGCGCAUGUCAGAAAUGCUUGAACGGGCCAAAAUGGGUGCCCUUAAGUACGUCGAGGAGCUUCAGAAGAAGAAGCAGAGCGAUGUUAUGCUCUUCCUUCUCCGCGUUCGCUGCUGGGAGCUCCGUCAACUGAACGUUAUUCACCGCGCCUCGCGCCCCUCGCGCCCCGACAAGGCCCGCCGCCUCGGAUACAAGGCCAAGCAGGGCUAUGUCAUCUACCGCGUCCGCGUCCGCCGUGGUGGUCGCAAGAAGCCCGCCAAGAAGGGUGCCACCUUCGGCAAGCCCACCAACCAGGGUAUCAACCAGCUGAAGUACCAGCGCUCGCUCAAGUCGACCGCUGAGUCCCGUGUCGGCCGCCGCUGCGCCAACUUGCGCGUCCUCAACUCCUACUGGAUCAACCAGGACUCGACCUACAAGUACUACGAGGUCAUCCUCGUUGACCCCCAGCACAAGGCCAUCCGUAUCGACCCCCGCAUCAACUGGAUCGUCGCCCCCGUCCACAAGCACCGCGAGGAGCGUGGCCUCACCGCCACCGGCAAGAAGUCCCGUGGUCUCAACAAGGGCCACCGCUACAACAAGACCAAGGCUGGCCGCAGAAAGACUUGGCUCCGCCACAACACCCUCUCCCUGUGGCGCUACCGGUAA